CUGUUUCGCCAGCUCACGAGAGUCAAUUCUCCUGAACAGGUUUGCGUGAAGAAGAAGCGUUAUUGUUUCCCUCCUCCUCAAAUUCAGUGAGAUAACUGGGCAUUUAACCGGUGAUAUGGCUGGGGGUAAAGCUGGAAAGGACAGUGGCAAAGCCAAGGCCAAGGCAGUAUCCCGCUCCCAAAGGGCAGGGCUUCAGUUCCCAGUGGGGCGUAUCCACAGGCACCUGAAGACCCGCACCACAAGCCAUGGGCGAGUGGGAGCCACAGCGGCAGUGUACAGUGCAGCUAUCCUGGAGUAUCUGACUGCUGAGGUUCUGGAGUUGGCUGGCAAUGCCUCCAAGGACUUGAAGGUGAAGCGUAUCACGCCACGUCACUUGCAGCUCGCCAUCAGAGGAGACGAGGAGUUGGAUUCCCUCAUCAAGGCCACCAUUGCUGGAGGAGGUGUGAUCCCACACAUCCACAAGUCCCUGAUUGGAAAGAAGGGUCAGCAGAAGACGGUGUAAGGACGGACCUUAGGAAGAGAGCGUGCGUGUGUAUAGGGGGUGGCAAUCAGCAUGACAUUUUGGUUUUCCAAACUAUUUUGUUAUUGUAGUGAAACAUGAGAAUGUUCGGUAGACUUGUGUGUUUAUUCUUUUGAAAUACCCGUUUUUGUACCUUUUACUUCCAGAGUGUGAUUUGGUUUAAAAAAAGAAUAAUCUUCUGUUGUAUUUCCCUUUUUUUAUUAGAUUGUGUAUGGAAUAUAAACUGCCAUCAAAGAUGUUUUUCAUGGUAUUUGGCCUCUACUCAAACACAAGCUGUUUUAUACAUAAAAAUGUUUUAAAUGUGUUUUUAAAAUGUCUUGUGUCCCUUUUUUAACUUUUAAUUUUCUAUAAUGAAAUGGUGCUAUGAGAAAAGUGGCAUUUUGUAUGCUCUAGGAUUUUGUUCAAGACUUUUUGUAUAUUACAAUACAAAAGAAAUAUACUAAAUGCAGUCUGA